AUGGCAGCUUCUUCUCCAUCUCUCCUUCUUCUACCACUAGUUUCAGCAACUAGAAAUGAUCUAACCAUCAAGAAUCCAAAUACGUCAAGAUAUAUAGCUACAAGAGUCAUAGCUUCAGAAACAAGAGUCAGAAUCUGUAAAACCAGUGAUCUUUGUAGCCGUAGAGACGCAAUGGUGUUGCUACUCGGAGUGUCAGGCUUCUCAAUGAACUCGCUUGCUGCUUACGCAGCCGGUUUGCCUCCAGAGGAUAAACCGAGACUCUGUGAAGCCGAAUGCGAGAAAGAGCUUGAAAAUGUUCCAGUGGUAACCACAGAGUCAGGGCUUCAGUAUAAAGAUAUCAAAGUCGGUAGAGGCCCGAGUCCUCCGGUUGGUUAUCAGGUUGCUGCUAAUUAUGUGGCUAUGGUUCCUUCAGGGCAAAUUUUCGACAGUUCUCUGGAGAAAGGUCUUCCAUAUCUGUUUCGUGUUGGGUCUGGCCAGGUGAUCAAGGGGCUUGAUGAAGGAAUCUUGAGCAUGAAAGCUGGUGGCAAACGCAGACUCUACAUUCCAGGGCCUUUGGCGUUUCCAAAAGGUCUAGUCUCAGCUCCAGGGAGGCCUAGAGUUGCACCAAACAGUCCAGUGGUGUUUGAUGUGAGCUUAGAGUACAUACCAGGCCUCGAGUUUGACGAAGAAGAGUGA